GGGGAGGGAGGGAGAGGAGUAGGAGGGAAAGCGACAGACGCUGACAGACACCACUCGGGAGUGACAGACGCAGCUAAGAGUAACACACAAAGGCUGUGAGAAGGGAGAAGACCCUCAAGGCAAGAGCAGGCUCUAAUGAUGCUGCAUCUCGAGGAUCUCAGGGAGCAGAUCACAUUUUCCCAGACUCCUGAGCCCGGCGUCCAGCCAUGGGCACCUCCAGCAUCUUCCUCGGCUUUCUGUUCCUCUGUGGGGCACUGGGUCUCACCACUUCCCCUGCCCAGAGACGGCUCCACUGCUACACCUGCAACUUCGCCAAACCCUGCUACCCUAUUCCCACCGAGUGUCAGGAUGAUGAAAUUUGUGGCAUCAGUAUUGGUACCUCAGAACAGAGUGAGGUCAUCGAGCGGAAAGGCUGCCUCCCAAGGACCCAGUGCUCUCUGCAGGGCCAUGCCACCUAUUGGUCACGCUCCUACACUCUUCGGCACCACUGCUGCGAGCAGGACCUGUGCAACGCGGCCACCACACUGCGUCGGCUCCCCAGCCUCCUCCUCAUCACCCUGCUCAUCCUCGUGGCCAGCUUCACCUGGGGAGACCACCUCCUCCACCAGCCUUCAACCGAAGACUCCUCCACUAUCCCUGCGGCCCUGGAAACACCUGCACACACUUUUGAGAUCUGCCCAAGCACCUGAUUUUGCACAGAGACCUCCGAUCCCUUGGCCCAACACCUUCACAGACCCCCCCCAAAAGCUGAUUCCUACAGGCAUUGCUCCAGUCCCUACCUGCCCAGAGGUACCUGCCCAGAGCCAAGCCUCAUAAAGAACACUUGUUCUAAA